AUGUCUCAUACACAUGCCAGAUCUGUGUUCGAUUGUCAGGUGGAAGAGAAAAGUUCUUCAUCAGGACCAUUCAGAAAUACGAAUGCAGUGUCUCCAUUAGUGAGGCAGAGCUCAUCAGCUCCAUUCUUAAAAGAACGUGCAGAUGGAAUAACUCAACAUCUCUGUCUUUCAUCAGCACCGUCACAAAGUCUCAACUCGGUGGCUGCAUUAGGGAGGCAAAGCUCAUCAGCUCCAUUCUUAAAUGCUCACUCAGCAGUUGAAAGACCAGAACAGGUCCGUCCUUCAUUAGGACUAUCCGGAAAUCGGAACUCAAUGUGUGCAUUAGGGGAGCAGAGCACGUCAACUCCAUUCUUAAAAGAACGUGCAGCAGGUGCAAGACCAGAACAGGUCCAUCCUUCAUCAGGACCAUCGGGAAAUCGGAACUUGGUGGGUGCAUUAGUAGAGCAGAGCUCAUCAGCUUCAUUCAUAAAAGAACGUGCAGCAGUUGAAAGACCAGAACAGGUCCGUCCUUCAUUAGGACUAUCCGGAAAUCGGAACUCAAUGUGUGCAUUAGGGGAGCAGAGCACGUCAACUCCAUUCUUAAAAGAACGUGCAGCAGGUGCAAGACCAGAACAGGUCCAUCCUUCAUCAGGACCAUCGGGAAAUCGGAACUUGGUGGGUGCAUUAGUAGAGCAGAGCUCAUCAGCUUCAUUCAUAAAAGAACGUGCAGAUGGAAUAACUCAACAUCUCUGUCUUUCAUCAGCACCGUCACAAAGUCUCAACUCGGUCGCUGCAUUAGGGAGGCAAAGCUCAUCAGCUCCAUUCUUAAAUGCUCACUCAGCAGUUGAAAGACCAGAACAGGUCCGUCCUUCAUUAGGACUAUCCGGAAAUCGGAACUCAAUGUGUGCAUUAGGGGAGCAGAGCACGUCAACUCCAUUCUUAAAAGAACGUGCAGCAGGUGCAAGACCAGAACAGGUCCAUCCUUCAUCAGGACCAUCGGGAAAUCGGAACUUGGUGGGUGCAUUAGUAGAGCAGAGCUCAUCAGCUUCAUUCAUAAAAGAACGUGCAGAUGGAAUAACUCAACAUCUCUGUCUUUCAUCAGCACCGUCACAAAGUCUCAACUCGGUGGCUGCAUUAGGGAGGCAAAGCUCAUCAGCUCCAUUCUUAAAUGCUCACUCAGCAGUUGAAAGACCAGAACAGGUCCGUCCUUCAUUAGGACUAUCCGGAAAUCGGAACUCAAUGUGUGCAUUAGGGGAGCAGAGCACGUCAACUCCAUUCUUAAAAGAACGUGCAGCAGGUGCAAGACCAGAACAGGUCCAUCCUUCAUCAGGACCAUCGGGAAAUCGGAACUUGGUGGGUGCAUUAGUAGAGCAGAGCUCAUCAGCUUCAUUCAUAAAAGAACGUGCAGAUGGAAUAACUCAACAUCUCUGUCUUUCAUCAGCACCGUCACAAAGUCUCAACUCGGUGGCUGCAUUAGGGAGGCAAAGCUCAUCAGCUCCAUUCUUAAAUGCUCACUCAGCAGUUGAAAGACCAGAACAGGUCCGUCCUUCAUUAGGACUAUCCGGAAAUCGGAACUCAAUGUGUGCAUUAGGGGAGCAGAGCACGUCAACUCCAUUCUUAAAAGAACGUGCAGCAGGUGCAAGACCAGAACAGGUCCAUCCUUCAUCAGGACCAUCGGGAAAUCGGAACUUGGUGGGUGCAUUAGUAGAGCAGAGCUCAUCAGCUUCAUUCAUAAAAGAACGUGCAGCAGUUGAAAGACCAGAACAGGUCCGUCCUUCAUUAGGACUAUCCGGAAAUCGGAACUCAAUGUGUGCAUUAGGGGAGCAGAGCACGUCAACUCCAUUCUUAAAAGAACGUGCAGCAGGUGCAAGACCAGAACAGGUCCAUCCUUCAUCAGGACCAUCGGGAAAUCGGAACUUGGUGGGUGCAUUAGUAGAGCAGAGCUCAUCAGCUUCAUUCAUAAAAGAAUGUACAGGUAAUGGAGUCCAAUUCUCUUUUUAA